CGUGUAAACUACUUCCCAUAUUAAUAAAUGGAGAAAGGUCAAUGCCAUGGCCAUUUCCUACGGAGCACACCGCCGUUAACUUACUCACGGCCACUGCCCCAUUUCCCCGGAGCUUUUCGAGAUGGCACCGCUGCAGGCGGAGGCGCCGGCGGCGAUCAAGGCACUGUUCGCCGAUUACUCGGAUAAUGGGAUCAUGACCAUCGAUCAUUUCCACAGAUUCCUCAUCGAGAUCCAAAAGCAGCUGGAUGCUACAAGGGAAGAUGCGAUUGCAUUGUUUCAACAAAUUGGUGUGCAGGCCGGGCAGGGUUUAGAUCUUUACGGGUUCUUCAAGUACAUCUUCGAUGAUUUUAACUCUCCUCUCCCUCUUAACCGUGGGGUGCACCAUGAUAUGAAUGCCCCUCUGUCUCAAUAGUUUGUAUUUACUGGGCACAAUUCAUAUCUGACUGGAAAUCAACUUAGCAGUGACAGCAGCGAUGCUCCCAUUAUAGAUGCGUUGAAACGAGGUGUGAGAGUGAUUGAAUUGGACAUAUGGCCUAGUUCAUCUGGAGAUGAUGUUCAUGUUUAUCAUGGGAGGACACUGACAUCUCACGUGGAGCUUAUCAGAUGCCUAAAGUCUAUCAAGGAGUAUGCAUUUAUUGCAUCAGAUUAUCCAGUUAUCAUCACCUUAGAAGACCACCUCACUCCUGAUCUUCAGGCUAAAGUGGCUGAGAUGCUCACUCAAACCUUUGGAGACAUUCUGUUUACUCCCGGCUUAGUAAGCUUAAAGGAAUUUCCCUCCCCAGAAUUGUUGAAGAAACGAAUUCUCAUAUCAACCAAACCUCCAAAGGAAUACCUUGAGGGAAAAGAAAUUAAAAAGAAGGGUGAUUUGGAGAGUGAAAAAUCUUGCCAUAUUCAAGCUGAUGACAAGGUGUGUA